GGUGGCUGGAGUUGUGGUGUGUAAAUACAACUUUAUUACACAAAUGAUGGUUUCUAUUGUUUGUUUCCCUAACUUCAUUAUUAUAAACUUUCAAUUUCUUUCAGGUCAUGGUUAUUGCAUUCUCUCUAGGAUUAGGAGCAAUGCCAUGGAUUAUAAUGUCUGAGAUUCUUCCGAUUAACAUCAAAGGCCUAGCUGGAAGUUUUGCAACACUUUCCAAUUGGUUCUUUUCCUGGUUGGUUACAUUAAUAGCAAAUUUGCUCUUGGAUUGGAGUUCGGGAGGAACCUUCACAAUAUAUACUGCAGUGUAUGUUUUCACAGCAGGAUUUGUUGCCAUUUGGGUCCCCGAGACAAAGGGAAAAACUCUUGAAGAAAUACAACAAGACAUGUGA